AUGAUAACGACAUCAACAAACAAUUAUACAUUUACAAAUACUGCGGAAAAUUUGAUACAUGUCGAAGAUAUUCAACAUAUUGAUUUGUCUUAUAUUGAAGAACAUGAAGAUUUACCUGAAAAAUCAGCUGAUUUACGUCCAAUAAAUAAAGAACAAAACCACUUGGCUAUAUUUACAUUGAAACAUCACAAUUGCUCACUUCCAUCAUCACCAAUUGAUCCUCCACUAGUAAUUCAUACUUCACCACCAGAGGAACAAGACGUAACAGCAUCAUCUUCACCACUUUUGAAGGAAAACACAGUAUGUACAGUCAAUAUCAAACAUGAAGUAUCAUCGAAAUCAACUAAUCGAUCAUCAAUCAUUUCAAAGAGAAAAAUAUCUGCAAUAAGAAAACGUUCUGUUAGUCCCGCAGAACCAAUUGCAUUACGUUUAAGCGUUCACGGCUUAAAAAGACUAAUUAACUGUGAAUAA